AUGGAUUUUCUUGGUAUUAGAAAUAAUAGAUUUGUGAAACACAAAGAAUAUAGAAACUUAGAUGAAGAUAUAGUAUUCAGAGAAGAAUUAGUGUUAACAUUAGAUGCUGUGUCAUAAAUAAGUGUUCCGAUGUCUUAAAAUUUUAAAUUGAUAUCAACUAUCAAAAACUCAUAAAGAACAAAUAAGCAAAAUCUAUGA